AACGCUGGCGCGCUACAUUUUUAACGCAAAUUUUCCAACAUUCUCUCAUGGCGACGACGGCGUGUGCACCGGGGUUUGGGCGCCGGCGCUGGCCUCACCGCACCGCCGCGCCGGCAAACAGCCCCGGGCCACGCCGGACCAAAAGGGUACGGCCGGGGCGAGAGGGGACCCGGCCGUCAAAACAACCCGGGCGCAGAGGCGGAGGAAGGAGGAGAAGGAGGAGACCACGCGAAGAGCAGGACGAACACCAGUACCUGAGGACGCCUCUGUCAGCCAUGAGGCAGCUGCACUGGAGAGCCGAGGGAAAACGAGGCCAGGAGGGGGGAGUCAGAAUCGGGACCGGGAGCUGAGCAGCGGCGGGCCAGGACGUCGGCUGGGCCGGACGGCCCGUGUGGCCGGACGGCCCUGCAAUACAGGCGGAGGGCUCAUCAGCAGCGGCAGCACGUGCAGAGAGUGCAGGUCGUUCCUCGGAGAUCAAAUGCAGAGUGUCACAGCUGGCGUCAUAAGAAUGAUGAGAACACAAACAGCAUGCAGGGCAUACUCUUAUGCAUUCAUAAGCCUAAUAUUCAUUAUUGCACUGGCCAACGCUCAGGCGGAGCGUGAACAGGUGCUUUCUAUCUUUUUGAAGAUCAAGAGGCAUGGAUUCAAUAAUCGUCGGCCUCUAGUACAUGGAUGUGGUCCAGGCGUUGUUGGAGAUGAGUGCAGCCGUUUGGUGAUGGCUUACAGCCGGAUGAGAAAGUAUCCUUGCGUCACGCGAUACGGGAACUUCCCCGUGUCUCACAACUCGCAAAAGUUCUUCCGCUGCAGGGGCGACAUAGUUACGCUAGAGGACUGUGGCAAUUCCUACAUCUUCGAUCCCGAUGUACGCUAUUGUGUGCUGAGGAAAAAAGCUAAGGAAACUUCCAAGAAAGAGAGGAAAAUGCAGACAAAUAAAGCCCAGAAACGUGGUGAGAUAUUAUCACCACUAAAUGAAACAUCGUCUCAGCAAGUCUGCCCCAACGGCUUCUCCUCAAUACUUAUGUUACAAGAGGAUUCAGCUGACAAGGACAUCACGGAAGCAUGCCGGAAAAACAAACAAUGCAAGCCGAAGCUAGCCAAGCUGCGUGAAAGGCAAUGUCGUCCCUUCAAAUCGUUUCAAACACCGUUAAAAUUAAUCAAGUCAUCAAAUAUUAACAUGCUCAAUGUAUCUAUCAGCAACUCAUUUUCACGAGAGGCACGGCUCUGGUGGGUGUCGGACAUCCCCUCGGAGCUGCAGUGGCGCUCUCCAGGAUACGCGGUGACACUCCAGGACUGCCUGAUGCUCUGCCACGAUCGGUUCGUCAUCGUUGGCACAGCAACAUGCGCAUGUGGAAGCAUUCGCGAAGAGAACGCUGAUUUCAACGUCUAUGACUGGGUGAGGGAUCAAAACUCUAAACGACUUCAGGAAAAGGAGGGAUUUCUCCUUCAUGAUAGAGAAACGUUCAAAACAGUGGGAUGGAGCUGCGGUACCAAGCCAACUGGAUGGAACAAGCUCCCCGGCACCACGGUCAGCCAGUGUUUGCUCGCCUGUGGGAAGACACACGCUCCACACCUCGCUUUUGGAAGAGACGGGUGUCACUGCUCUGUUAGCAACAGGACCUCAUCCAUCACAGCUCUACCAGUGGAGUCCUGCCAUCAUCCGACCGUUGGACUCAACGCAUUUGCCGUUCUCGAUGUCGGUUAUUGGACCAAGGCCAUACAAUUUUUGCUAAAAGGAAAUAUGAGUGUGUCGUGGGAGCACGAUAAGCCAAGACACGUCACUUGGAAGACAGAGCGGGCAAGGCGGGACAUCGUCGGCUGUUUGGCAGCAUGUGCUGCCACCGAGGGCGUCAGGUGGAUCGCCAUCGGGGCGACAGGAUGCCAGUGUGGUGUACCUAGUCCCUUCCUGAAAAAGAAGGCGGCACUUAAACCGAUUGUGGUGCACGACUCGAGUCACAACAGAGGCCACAUCCCAUCACGAUGGUUUCUUCUGAUCAAAUAUAACGCAGGUCGGAGAGUAUUCCGGCCCAGGACGUUCGGCAACACCCAAAACAUCAGUCCACCUCAGUCUGGGUCCGUUGCAGUAAACGGCACUGCCGCACUGCAUUCAACAGAAGCAUCUGUUGAAUUGAAGAUGAGAAGGACAACUUUACAAAACAUGAAGAGAUUCGGCUAUAACCGAAUACGCAGUAGUUUUGUGCCUUCAACCGCCUCAACAAAUCUCAACCAGGAUAUUCAGAGCUCGGAGAGUUCCUCAAAUAAAGUUAAAGAAACCUUUUCGAACAAAACCGGGCAGCCUGCUCGCAUACUCGAGGAUAUCAAAUCUUAUAUUGGAGAUUACUUGAAGAAAACAGCAAAAGCAGAAGGAAAAUUCGGAUACGAAAGAAAUCCAUUCUACUGGAGGCACUCAGUCGAAGAGGAUGCUAAGUUCAGAAAAACGCGAUUUUCUCUGAAGAAAUCCAGACUGGGUCUGACGAAAUACCGGUCGGUGUCUACCGGAGAGGAGGUUGGAUUUUACCGCAGUGCAAAAAAGUCGUCAGGUCAGCUUUUCGUCGUAAAGCCAACACUGUUCAGUAGCUGCCUCAGUCGUGCUGCUAACGAGUCAGGCUGGCUGGACCUCGGAAAGAAACCCGAUACGCUAGAGAAAUGCCUGUGCGCCUGCGACACUCACACUGCAAAGCGAGGCAAACAGAAAGCAGCUCUUCAUGUGGCAGCAGCCAUCUUGCAGAGAGAGAGGUGUUUCUGCUCCUUUGGGAUUCCGAAGCUGCAAAACGUCGUCGCCACCAUCCCGAAGCCUGCCAAGUGUCCAAAUGGAACAGUUUCAGAGGCAUACAUCAAACAAUAUAGUGAUCGGAUCAUAAAGCAAUUCUGCGAUGGCGUCAAAGCAGACGAUGGAGUGGAUGUCACAUUCCCUGGUGGAAUAGGAAAGUACUCUGUCUACAGUGCAGGGCCUUUUGCUAGUUACUCGACCAUCGGAAGAUCUUUUUCGCAUCUCACUUUUCUUGCAUCGGAAAAAGAACAUAAGGCGAUGCAUCGCGGGAAUUACACCGUAACUCGUCACCAAAAGGAAGGCGUCGCCGGAAAUGGUCAGCGAGUGCUGCUAGAAAAAGAUGUGUUCCCGAGAAUGUUCCGUCUACGAAUCAUCACGGCCGAGAAGUACCGCUGGAAGGAAGGAUUCGCCGUUCUCAGUUACUUUGAAACUAGCACAGGUAUGCGUGCUUUUGAGCCAGCUAAAACGGGAAAAUAAACCACGCAUGGUGCGAUAGGCCGUCGGUGAUAUGGUGACCGUUGUAUGACCCAGCGCCACCCCACACAGCCCCUCCGACGGGCAGUGCCCUCUGCAGCUCAUCGGCAGCUCAGGUCACACUGCUUCAUGCCCAUGGCUGAGUCAUAGACUUCAAUGCAUUAUGUCAGGGGAAUCAUUAUCAUAGGUCUUGCGUGGUGUUGCAAGGUGGAUGUUUCAUAAAGUUCUAGCCUUUUGGUACCAUUACACGGGAAGUCCGUUCCAUUUUUCGAUCUCGCGAAUGCUUCUAUGAUGCAAUAUUUAUGUAGGGAUGCUUUUGUAAACAUGAAUGUCUCGAACAUAGAAAUGAUGGCAAUAAAAGUGUGUUGAGUUU